AUGCUUGAAUUCAGUCUCACUGCCGGACCGGUGCUUGCGCGAGAAUGCCACCAAAACGGCGACCGCUCCGAACGUCAGGGAUGUAACGCGCACCAAGCAUUUACGGCCGGAGCCGAGCGCCGCCGCCCGCUCCUCACCAGCCCCACCUCCGGCCCCGCCGAGCGGAUGCCGAUGUGGUGUCCGCCCACGCCGCCCUCCAGCGACGGCGACGUGUACUGCGACAGCUGGGCGCGCGCCCUCUACCGGCGCGGCGCCGCCGCCGAGGCGCUGCUGCCGCCCGUGGCGAGGCGCGAGGCGCGCGCCGCCCGCUCGCCGCGGCGGCUGCGCGCCCAGCCGCGCCCAGCCCCACGCGCCGCCCUCGCUCUUCGAGCGCGGCGGGCCGCGGCCCGCGAGCGCGCGCGCGCCUCCGGCCGCCGCCGCACCGCGACGCGCCGCAGCCCGAGUGGGCGGGCAGCGAGGACGCCGCCCUGCGCCGCGCCCUGCGGCUGCAGCGGCUGCCGCCCGAGCCGCCCGCCGCCCGCGCCCCCAACUGGGACUGGGCCGCCGACCUGGUCAACGAGGCGGGCCGCGCCUACCGCUCGCCGCGCGCCUGCCGCGACCGCCACGACGCCCUCGCCGACCCCGAGCGCGCGCGCCGCAAGCAGAAGAAGCCGGCGCCCGCGCGCCGGCGGCCCGACGACGACUCGCCGCGCCCGCCGCUGCCGCGCCCAAGCGCCGCCUGGACGACGCGGCGCACCGCAACCCCAAGCACCAGGCGCUGCUCGCCGACCACGGCGUCGACUACGACGCGCCCCCCACGCCGAUGGAGGUGGCCACGCGAAGGGCCGAGCGCAUCGCCAAAGAGAAGAUGAAGGCGGGGGCCGCGGCCGCGGUGGGCGCGCCCCCGGCGGCGCCGCAGCGCGUGGUGGUGGCGGCGGCGGCGGCGCGCAGGAGGCGGCGCGCCGCGCAGCCGAGGCGGGCCCGCGCGCGCCCGCCGCCGCGCCGGCGCCGGCGCUCUUCCGCCAGCAGGCGCUCGCCGCGCGCCACCACCUCAAGAUCCUGCACCACGCCGCCGCGCCGCACGCUCAGGCGGCGGGCGCGGCGGGGGCUGCGGGCGCGGCGAGCGGGGCGGGUGCGGCUGGCGGCGAGGGCGCGGCGCUGCGGGCGCUGCAGCUGCAGCAGCUGGCGCUGCGCCGCGCCGCGCCCGCCCGCCCCCACCUGGUGCUGGCGCAGCUGGCGCCGCCCGCCGCGCACCACCACCACCAGCACCAGCCGCAGCAGCAGCACACGGCGGCGCCCAGAAACCCGCAAACCGACGCGCAUCAACAA